ACUCCACUUCCCUCCUCAGAGCCCUUCCUUGGCUUGGAGCUGGAUUUCAGGCCAACAGGGCAGCCUGAGAUACUAGAGGGGUCUCCAUGGAUCUGCCUUAUUACCACGGCCCUCUGACCAAGCAAGAUUGUGAGAUCAUGCUGCUCAAGGAAGGGAUAGAUGGCAGCUUUCUGUUAAGAGACAGUGAGUCUAUACCAGGAGUCCUGUGCCUCUGUGUCUUGUUUAGAAAUUUAGUCUACACAUACCGAAUCUUCAAAGAGAAAUAUGGGUAUUACAAGAUACAGACUGUGGAAGGUUCUCGAAGACAAAUCUUUCCCAACCUAAAGGAAUUGGUCUCCAAAUUUGAAAAACCAAACCAAGGGAUGGUGUUUCCCCUCUUAAACCCUGUAAAGAGAAGCAACCCCUGCCUGAGAUGGAGAAGAUCAAAAUUAGAGUUGGGCGACAAUUACGAGAACGUUGAAGACUAUGUGGACCCCUUGCCUUGAAGAGCAGGAUGCUGAACACAAGUAAGAGAAGAAAUGGGGAAUAGCUCUCACUGGUGAGACCUGCCGCUGUAGGUCUGGAAUGCCAAACUCUAGCAGAUAAUUCGGACUCUCCUGGUCUAGGUAACUGAAGAUGCUCUGUCCACCAGCAUCAGAGACCACUGGGAGCAAUAUCAAGGCCCCUUUUUAUCCCCACUCUUUUUCUUGGAAUGGAACAGUCUGAAGCUAUUCUCCUCGUCAAAGGACUACCAUUACAUCAGAGCUGACACCUGCCCCUGCGCCAUCAGAGAGGCAGCUUCAUGCAGGGGAGAAGGCCCGAGGCUGUGACUUUGAAGCCCUGAGUUCUAGUCCUGUGUGACUUUGGACAAACCUCUUCCUUUCUUAAGCUCUCAGUUUCUUUGUCUAUAAAUAAAACAAGUGGUUGAGUGGGGUGAUGGCACUGCCCCAGAGUCUCUAUUGAGCCUGGCUGUGUCACGUGGCGUUGGGUAUCUGGAGUUGAUGGAGAUGUAGGUAGGAUCCGAAGGGGAUCAGGGUCUCAGCCUCCCAGAUGGCUAAGAAGUUAUCUGUAGCUGCUCCUACUGGUCUUGGUCACCGUGAGCACCUUGACCUGUCCAUGAACCCCUCUCCCUCCAGCCUGGGUCACUGUCCUUCUCCUUGCCCUGGACACACUGUCUCCCCAGUGCUGCCUCUGCCACCUGAGCAGCACGGGUGUGGCUCUGUGCAGGGAUACGUGGGGAGACUUGUAACACAUUCCUCUCUGCGGGGUUCCUAUUCCCAGCCAGGUCCUAGGUGUCAAAGCCUGGUUAGGUCUCCCUCAUGUCCCCCCAGUGUAGAGUUUUGUGCUGCGCAGAGCUGUGCCCGCUUUGUAGAAGGCUUGACUAGAAGCACAUUUCUGAAGGAUUCGUUAAACUGGUUUCUUAAGCCCCUUGAAUUUUUCUGCCUGUUCAGAAUGUUACUUAGGAUCUGGUUAGUUCAGAAUAUACCCGAUUUGACACCCUUUCCCUUACCUCUUUUCCAAACCUUACUGAUUUCUUUCACCCCACUGGUCUUAUCUUCAAAGUUAUUAAAGAGAGGAGCUCUGGUUCUGUAGAGAACAUAAACAGACAUUGUGGCUGGAGUCCAAGGUGUGAGCUGUUGUGACUUGGGGGUCGCAGCAAUCCAUGGCUAUCACUAUGUAGAGAAGUGGUGAAAUGCAGACAGGUCUAGAGAGCAGAGGGAGCCAAAUCCUGUUUGUUCAGCAGAGGACACCAGAAGCAAGCCUGCUUCCUGGGAUCCAACCCCAGUCUUUGGCUCUUUCUCCCUGGUACUGAGCAGUAUGUUCUGGUUCCCAGAACCUAUAGCAUUCCUCAGCACAGAAAAUGUAUUAAGGAAAUGUUUCUUGAAUAAAUGAAUGAAUCAGCUUAUAUAAAAUGUGGUCACUGAUUCUGAAUAGCAGAGCUUUGUCUGAACAGGAUACAGUUCAAAGUCUAGUAGAUCAAGACUAUUAGUUCAAGAUCUUUCGAUUAGAGCUCUCCUAGAAAGGUGUUUUGUUGUGGUGGCUGUAGUUUCCGGGCAUAAUCUUGGGCCCCAGUGGGCUUUCAGUACAUUUCUCAAACAAGCAAGCCACGUUUGAUAGCUAAUGUUGAUGUCAUUCUAUAAAUCCCUGACAUGUAUUUUUUAUUUUUAUUUUUAUUUUUUUGAGACAGAGUCUCACUCUGUCACUUUGGGUACAGUAUUGUGGCAACAUAGCUCACAGCAACCUCAAAUGCUUGGGCUUAAGUGAUCCUCUUGCCUCAGCCUCCUGAGUAGCUGGAACUAUGGGCACCUGCCACAACACCCAGCUAUUUAUAGAGACAGGGUCUUGCUUUUGCUCAGGCUGGUCUCAAACUCCUGAGCUCAAGAGAUCCACUGGCCCCAGCCUCCCAGAGGGCUAGGAUUACAGAUAUGAG